AUGGCUCCCUCUCUUCCCCCGCGCCAGCUCUUCUACGAUGGCAAACCCCAGCCUGCCUCGUCCGGCCGAACAUUUUCCGCCAUCAACCCUGCCGACGCCACUUCGCUGGCCGAACUCCCCAUUGCUUCAGAGUCCGAUAUAGAUGCCGCCAUCGCUGCGGCCGAUCGUGCAUUUCCAUCGUGGUCGCAAACCUCGCCAAUCGCUCGAGCUCGUAUUCUCCAAAAAGCCGCGGCCUUACUCCGCGAGCGCAACGAUGAAAUCGCCCGCGUCGAGACUCUGGAUUCCGGAAAGGCCUUUUCAGAGACGAGCACUGUCGACGUUGUCACAGGAGCAGACGUACUGGAAUAUUAUGCGAAUCUUGUAGGCGGCGGCGGUCUGAAUGGUGAGACUGCUCAGCUUAGGGAAGAUGCUUGGGUGUACUCGAAAAAGGCCCCGCUGGGAGUCUGUGUUGGAAUCGGCGCAUGGAACUAUCCUAUUCAGAUUGCGCUAUGGAAGUCUGCCCCCUGCCUCGCCGCCGGAAAUACUAUGAUUUACAAACCCAGCGAAUUCACUUCUCUCCACGCUCAAACGCUCGCCGAAAUUUACAAGGAAGCUGGACUUCCAGAUGGGGUCUUUAACGUUGUCUACGGCGCAGGCGAUGUCGGCAGCUACCUCACCUCUCACCCUACCAUCGCCAAAGUCUCGUUCACCGGCCAAGUUUCAACAGGACUCAAGGUCGCCGGGUCCGCAGCUGGCAACAUGAAAUACGUAACCAUGGAGCUAGGAGGAAAGUCGCCGCUGCUCGUUCUCCCAGACGCGGAUGUCAGUAACGCCGUCGACGGCGCCAUGAUGGCCAAUUUUUACAGCACGGGCCAAGUUUGCACAAACGGCACCCGAGUCUUCAUCCACAAGUCUAUGAAGAAGGAAUUCGAGUCCCAACUCCUCGAAAAGAUGCAAUUCAUCCGCCCCGGCCCACUCUUCGACCCCAACACCAACUUUGGCCCGCUCAGCUCCGCCGUCCACGCUGAAAAGGUCACCUCGUAUAUUCGUCACGGUAUCGAAACGGACAAGGCUACCCUUCUCUAUGGCGGCCUGGGCAAGCCUUCCCUCCCCAAGGACCUAGAAGCGGGCUUCUGGGUCCGCCCCACAAUUUUCACAGACUGCAGGGAUGAUAUGCGCAUCGUCAAAGAGGAGAUUUUUGGCCCCGUCAUGUCCAUUCUCACCUACGACACUGUCGAAGAGGCGGUGAAGCGCGCGAAUACAACAGAACUCGGCCUCGCUGCGGGCGUCUUUACCAAAGACCUCAACCUCGCACACCGCAUCAUCGACCAGCUCGAGGCUGGUAUCACGUGGGUGAACAGCUGGGGCGAGAGUCCGGCUGAGAUGGCUGUUGGUGGGUGGAAGAAGAGCGGUCUUGGUGUGGAGAAUGGACGUAGGGGUAUUGAGGCCUGGGUGCGGAAUAAGAGUACCCUUGUUGACAUGGGGAAUGCAGUUGCGACGGUUUUCGCGAAGCUGUAG